AUGGACGACCCCCCGCUGGUGCAGCAGCUCAUGCCCAAGUACAAGGCGGCGCGCGAGGCCAAGGACGCCGCCGCCCUCCAGGCGCUGGAGCUGGUCUGUCCCAAGCUGGCCAAGAUCGCAGAGCCCAUGCCCGCGCAUGCGAUCCUCCUGGAGCAGGCUGCGCGGCAGCUGCGACAGCUCCAUGGCCAGCAGAAGCAGCUCAAGGAGCAGAUCGUGGCCAACGCCAAGACGGGCAAGGAGCUCCUCCGUAGGCCCAGCGAGAACAUCAAGGCCUGCAGCGAGGCGCAAGAGGAGGUGGAUCGCUACUCAGCGCAGACGGGGGCUCCAGCGGCCAGCUCAGGGAACGGCGGCCCUGCAGACGACACCGAGACCCCCACCCUCGCGAACGAGGACCUCCAGCUCCUCACGCCCGAGCAGCAACAGUACUACAAGGACGCGGCCGCGGCGGCGCAGCAGGCCCAGGCCACCCUCCAGUCCGCCACCGACGCGGGCAAGCAAGCGAGGGAGGCGGCCGCCACGCUCCGCAACCUCCGCGAACAGGUCGCCACGACCAAGCGGCGCAAGGCUGACGCGGCCUGCGGCGUGGUCCCAGGCGGCGGCGGCGCAGCCGCAGCUGGCGCCUCGGCCCCGCCGCCCGUGGACGCUGGCGGCCAGGACUUCAGCAACCCCGAGGCGGUCGAUGCGCGCAUCAAGACCACGGCAUCGCACAGGACUGCCGCGGCGCGGGCCGCGGCCGCCAAGGCGCCUACGGCCGCGCCAGUGGCGCCCGCGACGGCAGCGGCACCAGCAGCGGCAGCAGGAGCGGCGAUCCCAGGCAAGGGCGACGGCAAGGGCGUCAAGGUGCGCAGGUCGGCCUCAGCCAGGACCCCUUUCGGCAAGAGGGACGUUGCAUCGAUCUUCUUCGGUAACGUCACCUCGUACCCCCUUAAGGUCAAGAGGUUCAUCGAGACGUCCGGCCACGACAUGAUCGGCCUCGCGGAGCACCACCUCGGCAAGGGCAAGUGCGACCAGGAAGAACAACGCCUCCUCAGUUUUGGCUGGCGUUCGGAAGGGACAUGGACGCCAGCAACUCCCUCUACUCGCUCUGUCUCGGGCACCCACGGCGGCACGUGUUGGCUGAGGAGAGCCACCUGCGCCACUAGCGUCCACCUGCAGGGCGCCAACCACCAGAGCGUGUUCCAGGACGCGCUCCAGGACGUCUCCGUGGUGCUCUGGCGCUUCCAGGGGGGCACGUUCGCCUUCAUCGUGUGCUACCUGGACUGUUCUAUCGGCCUCGUCGGGACCAACGCCAGGAAGAUGACCACAAUCGCUCGGGUUGCGAAGUCCCUGGGGAUUCCUUGGUGCUCGGUGGGCGACUUCAGCGCCACUCCAGAAGAGCUGGCGCGCUCAGGCUGGCUUCUCACCCUGAAGCCGCGGAUCCUGACUCCUGAGGGUGUGAACAUCACGUGCACAUCGGGCAAGGGUCGCAUGCUGGACUACGUCGUCGUGCCCGACAGCUUCCGCCCCUGCCUCAAGAGGGUGAAACCCGUCCAGAAGCUGCCGCGGGGCCCGCACAUCGGCCUCAACAUCCUGGUCACUGCGAGGCCUGCCGCAGUGAUGCUACGCGCCCCUGUGUUACCCGUACCUCUUGAAGUGCCUGCAGGGGAAGUUCACGCGCCCAAGGGGGUCAAGCGCUGUCAACGCGACAGGCAGCGGCACGCAGAGCUGCAGCAGGCCAAGGAGGAAUGCGACCAGUUGCAGGAGGGCGACCUGCUCAACGACGACGAGGGGCACCUCCUCGAGGACACCUACACCCAGUGGCGGCCCCAGCAGUGCAACGACCACGUCUGCUCGCCCUGGACGGAGUGCGCCACCGAGGCCCAGGAGCGCGCAGGCACUCACAUCCCAGCGGGCGAGGAUGUGCAGGCCAGCAUCGCGUGCCAGAUGGACCCGUACAUGGCGCAGGCGUUGGCGGUGCAGUACGGAUACUGGGCUGAGGCGGCGGAGGCGCAACUGGCCGAGCUCUGCGGCACUGUGUCUCGUGACAGAGCCCGACGUGGUCAAGCCGUCAAGUAUCAAUGGCGCAAGGCACAAGAGCAGACGGCAGACUCGCAGUUCGGCCACGCCUGCGCGCAGGACAUUGGUGGCAAGUGGGCCAGCCUCCACGCCAGGGUGCAGGAGCAGCUCAUCGCGCUUGGGCGCCACCGCCACACCGAAUACCAGCGCAAGGUGCAGGACAUCGUCUCCGACAUCAUCAGCGGCACCAGGUACCUCCUCACCGCCCAGGGGCCCGUGCCUGACGGUCAGCUGCAGGCCACCAAGGGGAAGUGGCGGAUACACCUGGAUGACGACAGGGUCCUCGGCCUCGGCGAGCGCAUCCGCUACUCCAGGAACUUCCCCGAGUGGCAGGCCUUGGCUGAAGGCGCCCACCGCGAUCUCAAGAAGGACGAAGUGCAGGCCCUAGACGAGACCUGCAUCGACCCCGACACUGGCGAGGUCUGCGGCUCCGUGCAGGCCUCCACAGAUGCCAGGGCACGCCGCUGGCGUGACCGUUGGACCAGCAAGCCCGACCGCGAGCCUGCCCUGGACGAGGCGCUGAGCGAGCUGCGGACCCUGGCUCGCGAGGGCGCUGAUCAAUGGACGCCAGGCCACCUCCUCGCGGUCUCCGACCAGGGGCAGGAGGCCUUCGCCAUCCUGCUCAACAUGGUGGAGCGCGCCUUGGCCUGGCCGCACCAGCUCCUCCACAACUGGUAUGCCCUCCGGCCGAAGGGCGCCAAGCAGGUGGUCGGCAACGAGAGGGGCAUCGGCAUCCUCCCCUUGCCCGUGCGCAUCUGGGGCCGCAUGACCAAGGCCGCCUUGACGCACUGGUGUGACAAGCGAGCUGGACACUGGGGCGCUGCGGUGCGUGGGAGUUCCGCGCUGCAGGCUGCUUUGCUCACCAUGGUGCUCGACGAGACUAGAGCGCGCGUCGGCGUGGCCGAGCAGAGCAACGUCCUGAUGGACGUGGAAAAGUUCUACGAUUACAUCGACCUGGCCUCGAUGAUCCACAAGGGCAUCUCCCUCGAGGCGCCGCCCGUCGAGCUGCACCUGUGCUGCCUCACGUACGUGGCGCCGCGAGCGGUCAAGUCACACGAGGCCUUCAGCCCGACCAUCGCCCCCAACUGUUCGAUCCUCCCUGGCUGCGGGAAGGCCAACCACUGGGCAGGGGCCUUCCUCUACCACCUGUUGGAAGCAGCCCAUGCGAGAGCACCUGUGGCAAGGGUGCGGCAGUAUGUGGACGACGUGCACAGCCGUAUCGAGGGCACGGCCGACGAGGUCCUCGACCAUCCCAAGGACGUCGCGGUCAUCCUAGUACAAGGCUGCCUCGACCUAGGCCUGCGUGCCUCGCCCAAGUCCAUCUUGAUGAUGGCGAGGCCCAAGGACGAGAACGCGGUGUUGACUUACGUGCAUCAGGAGACUGGCAUCUGCGUGCAGAGGGCGUCCACGGCGAAGGACCUCGGCAUCGACUGCACCAUGGGCUCCAGCGAGUUUAUUCCGCAGGUUGGGGCGCGGCAGCGAGGCAACAAGAGGACCAAGGGCGUCAUGCUGCACAACGCCAACAUCAGGGCGAAGUAUCAGUUCGCCGACCCGAUCAUUGGAGCGCCUCCUUCGACGACAACGCGGCGACGGGCCCAGGCAGCGGACCUCGCAGGCCGCACUGUGGGCGGGCGCUGCACCUCCACCACCCUCCUGCUGCGCUACCAGGACGACGAGCCCAAGAUGGCGGCCUUGGCGCAGCAGGUGAAGGAAUGGUUCCACUUCUGGGCGCGCCACUCGGAGCUGCGAUGCGUCACGGGGGCCAUGGGCGCGACCACGCUGGCCCUGCGUGACAUCGGCUGGAUACCGCGGGCGCCCGACGUCUGGAUCGACGACGAGGGCUCCGAGUGGCGGCACCUCGGCAACGAUGGCGACAGCGCGCAGGACCUAGUGAAGGCGAUCAAGAGCACUGUGACGCGCCAGCUGUGGCGCCAGGCUGGGGACCACCCCCUUGGAGUGGGCCUCGGCGACGGCGGCGACCUCCACAUGCUGAGAGUCAACCUGAGGAGGAUGCGCCGCCAGGGGCGCCACAAAGAAGCAGGCGCUCUGGAGGCGGGAGCGCUGGCUGGAAUCUGGACGGGAGCAAGGGCGCUAGCGGCGGGCUGCCAGUGCUCCGACGACUGCGAGCGCUGUGGCGAGGGCAAGGACACCAUCGAGCACAGGCUGCACUUCUGCUCGGCCACCUGCGAGAUGGGGGGCCCUUGGAUCGAGCGCGCCGAGGGCCUCCGUCAGCAUGCGAUAAAAGACCUGUUGGAGAAUCGCCAC